CGAAAACGGCAAAACACGUACGAACUGGCAGAAAUUCGCACCUUCACAAAAUAUGAAGCGUUUGACGUUGGCGGACGUGCUACCGGUUUGGCUCUAUCAUUCGCGUUGUUUUUUUAUUACAUUGUACUAGGCCUGGCCAAAGUAAUAUGGUGGAAGAGGGAAGGUUUAGGCUGGAUAGUGCCACAGCUUCUUACUCUAUCUCAGCCAUUCAUGAUUCCCUAUCUUCUCUUUCAUUCCUUUCGAUUGACUUAUUCUUCAAUGGUCGAAGACAAAAUAGAAGAAUUGCCGUCUAUUUUAAGAUUUUAUGAGGGACUAUUAGAAUAUUCUGCGCCAUUAUUUAUAAUAAUAGAGGGAACUGCUACUGCACUUGUGGUUGUAGUAUGCAGAAGUGCGGUGAAAAGAAUGGUUGAUAAGAACGAAGUAUUGGAGGUACAUUUUUUGAUUGGAUCAAUAUUGAUCUAUGCGGCGUCAUUCUAUUUUCUGUACACGAUCUAUAGCUUACCGGGGAUGGAUCCUGUAACUGCAACACUUAUUGGAUCUUUUAUGACAUUAACUAUUGUCGUAACAUAUAGUUUGUUUGCGAAUAGCAACAAAGGACUUAUAACGGACAUGGCUCUUUUGUUUGCCUACAAUAUUUAUUGUAUAUACAUGUUGUCAUUUAAGUGGAAUCAGGAGAAAAAUGUAGGUAGCACGAUAUUGGUGGUUGAAACCAAAACGCAAUUCCUUCCGUUCGACGUAUUUCAGAAUUUCAAUAUUGUAUCUUUUGGGGAAUCUCUAUACAAUAUUGACAGUAAGACUUUAGUGAAAGGCUGUGUUGAUUUUUUCGGAAAUAUUCGUUCUGUAACUGCAAUACAAAAAGCAUUAUCAUUGCAAGUAUUUAUCUCACUUGUAUAUCGAGCUUCUGUUAUAUUAAUAGCGUUCUAUUUCGUAAAUAAAACUUUGGAUUCCCGCGAUGUUAAAGUUCAAUUGAAUGAAGAAGAACGGGUAGGUAUCCCUUGUUAG